AUGGCGCGCCCUCCCCCGCCCGCCUCGCUGUACGCCAACGAGAUCCCGUUCGCCUACUUCGCGACGCUCGUCGACCGCGUGGGCACCGUCGCGGCCAAGAAGAAGGGCGGCGCGCGGUCCAGCACGGUCGGCAAGUCCCCCAAGGAGCACCGCCUGCUCGCUGCGUGGAUCGACGGGGUGCGAGCCGAGCACCGAGAUGGAGCGGUGCCCGAGGGAACCAUCGUCCUCUUCUUCCGCCUCUUCUUUCCAGACGAGGGUAUACGGCGACGGUACGGCCUGCAGGAGCUCACGCUCGGCGAGGCGCUCGAGUCGGUCUACGGCGCCAAGCGCGGCUCGUUCUCGCGGUGGAACGCUGCAGCAUCUACCAGUGCUGCGGCCGGCGAGGGCUCUGGGUGCAUGGGCCUGGAAGUCGCGCGGUGGCUCGAGAGGCGCGGCAAGUGGGGCAAGGGCAAGGUCAAAGAGCUCACGAUGGGACGUGUCGACGAGCUUCUCGACGAGCUGGCGACGCUCUCGGAUUGGUCCUCGGCCGACAUCAAGCAUCUACGCAUGUAUCCUCGCUACACGGCGCGACCCGUCACGGCCAUCCUCGCCGACCUCCUCCUCCCCCUCUCGCCCUCCGAGACCGCCGUCAUGCUUCAGAUCAUCUUGCGCGACCUGUCGCCUCUCCUGUACCCGCCACCAAGCGCACUCGGCGACGUCGCCCUCACGCGCUUCACGUCGCUCGCCUACAACGAGCUCGGCCUGUACGACGCGAUGCGGCUGUGGCACGAGGGCAUGCCGAGGCUGUACCAGGCCGUCGCCGACCUCGACUGGGUCGCAUGGCAAGCCGAGAAAGCUCUUCGUCAUGGUCGCCCGCUCGGACCCGUCGUGCCCAAGAUCGGCCUGCCGAUCAAGGUGCCCAAGACCGAGAAGCCGGGAUCGUGCAGCCGGGCAACGCGGCAUCUCGAGGGCGAGGUGGCGGUCGAGACCAAGUACGACGGCGAGCGGCUCCAGAUCCACAUCGACUUGGGCCUCCCGCCUCUCGAGCAGAUCCGCAUCUUCUCAAAGAGCGGGAGGGACAGCACGGACACGCGCCAUCUUCUUCUGCCCAUCAUCCGCGCCUCGCUCGACCUACCCCUCGACCCGCUCUCGCGCGCCAUGCAUCCCCUCCUGUACGACCGCCUCCUCGCCUCAGCCUCCUCUCGCGCGCCGACCGCCUUUCCGCCAAGCCGGCUCAUCCUCGAGGGCGAGAUGGUGCCGUACGACGAGUCGCGCUCCCGGAUCGACGAGUUCUGGAAGCUCGCGUUCGCGAAAGGUGGCGCCGCACUGCCGGCGGGGGUGGCGGGCACGCCGUUUGAGCGGCCGCCGGGCAAGGACGACCGUCAGGAGACGCAGGAGACGGGCGGGACGGGCGCGACGCCGAGCCCGAGACGGUCGAGGAGGUUGGUCGAGAGGGACGGCGACGAGGAGGGCGAGCGGGACGAGGAGGAGGCGGCGGCCAAGGACGACCCGGCGAGGAACCUGCACCUCAUGGUGGUCUGGUUCGAUGUGUUGCUCCUCGACGACGAGAGCCUGUUAGACGAGACUUAUUCUUCACGACGCGCACGACUAGACUCCCUCAUCCGCCCUAUUCCUGGCUUUAGCAUGCUCUCGGAGCGCGUCCUCAUCAACUUUGACCACAAGUCGUCCGCCCUCGAGAACCUACGCCUGCGCUUCGCGCACAUCAUCACUCGCCGUUGCGAGGGCCUCAUGCUCAAGCCGCUCGGCUCCCUGUACAACGAUCCUCGACCUCAUCAGCGCAUCGUCAAGCUCAAGAAGGACUUUGUGCCGGGCGCGGGCGACACGCUCGACUUCCACGUCGUCGGCGCCUCGUGGCAGAAGCAGCGAGGGAGGGAACUGCUCGUGCCAACGACCGUCUACACGACCUUCUUCAUCGGCCUGCGUGAGGACAAGUUCGGCGUCAACUUCUCGCGUGAGCGCAAGCCGCACUACCACAUCCUCUUCUCGGUGUCGUACGGCCUGUCGCGCACCCAGCUCGCCCAACUGUGCCUCGAGAUCGACCAGAACCGGCCCGAACACUUCGACCUCGCCUUUGGAAAGGACGCCGAGCGAGGCGCAGCUUUCCGGCCUGUCAAGGAGCGUCAAAGGUGGCGAGGAGGAGUGAGAGGAGGCUACACGGUCUAUGGCGCGGCGUGCACCUCCUUCACGUUCUCGCUCGCCGGGCACAUGCGCUCCGCCGCAACUCGGCCGUCCAUCAUCUUUCGCGAGCCGCGCAUUAUGGAGCUUAACGGAGCGGGCUUUCAGCGCUCGAUCGGCUGCCCCUACUACGAACUGCGCUUCCCCCGCAUCACCAAGCCGUCCCGCGAGGCCGACUCUGGCGCCUCGCCGCUCUCGCUCGACAAGCUGCAGCUCGUCGCCCAAGAAGCAGUCGGCGCCGCGCCGUCGACGGCCGUCGCCCUCGUCGACGACAUCUGGAACGCGGCGGUGCGCGACGCGGCGGUCGGCAGCUCGCUCGAGCGCGACACGUCGAGCGGCGAGGAGAGCCAGGAGCGGUACGAGCGCGAGGUCCGGCAGUGGGUCGAGCGGCUCGAGGCGGCGGACGGCGUACUUGACGGCGAGCGAUCGGUGACGGACGGGCACAAGAGGCAAGGCGACGAGGUGCGGCGCGAGGAGAAGCGGCCGAGGAUCGACAAGGCGCCGGCGGCGACGAGCAGCACGCGCUCGACACCGCCUCUUCCCACCAUCUCGACGACGCGACAAGCCUCAGUCGACGUCGACCUGUCCCGUACCCCAACCGCCGCCUCGCCGCCGCCGCCGGCGUUGAGCGCCCUCGUCCGCUCGAUCUCGUCGCCGAGCGCUCGUUCCAGCGCGCCGUCGCCGAGCCAGCGCCCCUUCUCUCUCGCUCUCGAGCAUCCGGCGACCGUCAAGAAGCGAGCGCCCCUCACCUCGACCGUGUCGUGCCCGUCGCUCUCGUCGAAACGGCGCCGGCGGUCGUCCGGCUCGACUCGGACCUCCCUCACCUCGACCAUCUCGACACUCCUGCCCGCCCUGUCGCCCUCGUCCUCCCUCUCGUCUGCCACCACCGCCGCCGCCACGACCCACCCGUCUCGCGCCUUUGCGUGGUCGCUGCACCCGCCGCUUCCUCCCGGCUCUCCCCUCCCGACGCCGCGACACCCGUUCCUCGACUCGACCAACUUUCUCGCGUCGCCGCUCUCGGUGCUGUGGGUCGCCGGGCGCUGCCCUGCGUCGUUCUCGGCGUCGUCGGGCGCGGCAGGGUCGACGCCGGCCGCAGGAGGUCCGGCGCGGCAAGGGUUCGUCUUUGUUGCGCCCGGGUCUCGCGUCGAGCGCGAGUGCGUCGCGUGGCUCGAGGGCGAGGCUGAGAAGGGGGCAGGCGCGGAGAGGAGCGAGGGGCGGACGACGCAGGUCGUGUGGGUCGUCAAGGACGAGGCGCUCGAGACGAGGGGCAUGUGGGAUUUGGGCAUGGGCGGGGAGGUGUUGACGGUGCUGUGAGGCGUAUCAUUAUUGCAUUGCGACUCGAGAAUAUUUAUCUC